CCUCGCUCCUUCUUCCCAAAUCACGAACUCCUGAGGGAGAUCCAAUGGAGGAGAAGAGGAAGAAGAGAGCAGAGGAUGGAGAAGAGCCCGUCGCCGUCGUCUCUCCAUACUUCCAGAAGAAGAGAGCAAGCGGUCAAGCGACGGAAGCUGAUCUCAAACAGGGAGGCCUUCCCGUCAGCGAGAAGAUCCUGGAGAUGAUUUCGCGGUUCACUUACACGGCUGGCCCGAUGAUGAAGAAGAAGAAGGAGGAGGUGGUGCCAAUUUCACGCUCCGAUGGUGAGCCCAAGCUCUCUCCUUACUUCAAGCAGAAGAGCGACAACGACGGCGUGGUUGGCAGUGCGGCUGGUGGUAGCGUUGGAGAGAGAAAGCCUGAUGACGAGAAACCACAGUCGUGGGCCAAGGCGAGACCAAGUGGGGGAGCGAAGUCGGGAAAUGGUGUAAAGGUUUCUCCCUACUUCCCAAAGGCCAAUGACGAGUCGCCGCUGCCGCAGAGCGAGGGAACAGUGAGAGCGAGAGCGAAAGGGAAGGAGGGGGUUAAGAUUAAGGUUUCGCCGUACUUCCAGAAGGCCGAAGAUGAGGCGCCGCCUCCGCAGCGCAAGGCAAGAGCAAAGAAGAUUAGGGUUCCGAAGAAGAAGGCCGAUGAGGAAGGGGAAGGCACGGAAGCGAAGACGGGAAAUGUUAUAAAGGUCUCUCCCUACUUCCAAAAGGCCAAUGACGCGUCGCCACUGUCGCAGAGCGACGGGAGAGCGAGAGCGAGAGGGAAGAAGGCUGUUAAGAUUAAGUUUUCGCCGUACUUCCAGGAGGCCGAAGAUGAGGUGCCCCAGCCUCAGCGCAAUUCAAGAGCAAAGAAGAUUAAGGUUUCGAAGAAGAAGGCCGAUGAGGAAGGGGAAGGCACGGAAGCGAAGACGGGAAAUGUUGUAAAGGUCUCUCCCUACUUCCAAAAGGCCAAUGACGCGUCGCCACUGUCGCAGAGCGACGGGAGAGCGAGAGCGAGAGGGAAUAAGGCUGUUCAGAUUAAGGUUUCGCCGUACUUCCAGGAGACCGAAGAUGAGGUGCCCCAGCCUCAGCGCAAGGCAAGAGCAAAGAAGAUUAAGGUCUCAAAGAAGAAGGCCGAUGAGGAAGGGCAUGGCAAGGAAGUGAAGCCGAAGAGGAAGAGGCAGCCGAUUGACAGGAGGAGGGUGUUGACUGCGGCCGAGAAGAGAGCGGAGGCAUACAGGAGGAAGAGCCCUGAUAACACGUGGAAGCCGCCGCCCUCCGUCCACCGUCUCCUGCAAGAGAGCCAUUGGCAUGAUCCUUGGCGUGUUCUCGUCAUCUGUAUGCUUCUCAAUGUCACUACUGGCAAACAGACGAGUCAGUACUUAGAUACUCUGUUCAAGGAAUAUCCUGAUGCCACAAAGGCAGCGGAGGCUUCUGUAGAAACUCUAGAGGCUAUUAUUCAGUACCUGGGUUUAAAAAGCAAGAGGGCUAGAAUGAUAAUGCGAAUGUCACGUGAAUACCUUGAUGAGACCUGGACUCAUGUGACUCAGCUACAUGGUGUUGGCAAGUAUGCCGCCGAUGCAUAUGCGAUUUUCUGUACAGGAAAGUGGAAAGAAGUGAAUCCUCUGGAUCAUAAACUUAAGGAUUACUGGGAAUAUUUAUGGUGGCUCGAGGAUAGAAGACUACUGAAAUAGGCGCUUGAAGUGUUCAAUGGGCACUUAUUUUGGAUUUCGUAAAUUACCAAUUUUGGAACAGUACAUAAACCUGAAAAUCGGUUAUUAAUUUGUCUUUUGAACAUGCUCUCCAAGCAACUAAUUAUUGGUGGGCAGUGUAUAUGGUGAUAGGUUCCUAGCUGACUCUCUGGUCGAUGUCCUUCUGGGGGGCUCUUGUUUAAGUGGUACAGUUGCCAGGAAAAAGUUUUAAUUUGGUUAAAUAGUCUGGUCAAUCAAUGAGUUAUCUUC